AUGUGGUUGCACACAUCACUUGUUUACUUUACAGAAGGUCAAGAUGACCCCGGAGAAAGUCAGAGUAAGCAUUUCCAUGAGCCCCCCUAUACUUCUGAUAGACUACUCACGCGCAUUAACAUUAAAUGGGGCAGCAGUGGUGCUGGCGUUGAAGCACCCUCAUCUAUGAAGAACCAUGACCCCAUUGACCUAGUCACACUUAUCAAUAUUAACCAAAGCAUGAGCUGGCCAGCAGCAUCGCAAACAGAGAUGUCAUCUAGGUUGGAUCUGCUGAAAAAUGCCAUGAAGUUCAUAAUAAGGCAGCUUGGUGAUGACGACCGCCUAGCCAUUGUAGCAUUCAACGAUCAGGUCAUCAAAGAGUAUACCACUGGCAUUUUAGAAAUAUCCGACAUUGGUCGGAUGGCUAUCGAGAAAAAGGUGGAUGGGCUUGUGGCUAAGGGUGACACUGCUUUUAAACCAAGCUUGGAGCAUGCUGUGAAGCUCCUGGACGACCGAGCGGAUAAGAAGCGUGCAGGCUUCAUCGUUCUAAUUUCGGAUGGUCUAGACAGCCAGUUCAAAUGGGGCGAUGAUAGUAUCGCCCCCACGGAUCCCAUCCGAGGCCUCCUCCGAAAGUACCCAGUCCACACCUUCGGUUUGGGCAAGGCUCACGACCCAAAGGCACUGCACUACAUUUCUAACAUAUCCUACGGAAUCUAUUCCUCCAUCACCGACAACCUCAACAGCAAGAUCAUAGAGGCACUCGCCAUCUGCUUAGCUGGGUUCAAGACCGUAGUAGCUGUCGACGCCUGCGUUGACAUCCGGCCAGGCGGUUUGCUGAUAACAAGGAUCGACUCUGGGGGUUACAAUACAACUUUGAAUGGGAUUGCUGCUAGUGUCACGUACAAGGAAGCGCCGGGCAGGCAGUCGACCGCCACUGACUCUUGCUCAGUGUCACUCCCAGUUCACGUGACCGAUACUGCAACUGCUCCUGCAAAUCCCUGCCCACCCUACCCCUUGGUCCUGCAGCAGAUGGUCCGGUUCAAGGUGCUAGACUUUCUUAUAAGCGUUCUGAAGGAAUUCCAGGUCUUGAAGGAGGAGGCUGCAGGUGCUGUCCAUGGGAAGGAAGGAGAUGACCCGGUCUUGCAGGCCAUCGCAGCGAGCUUGCUGGAGAGGAAGUGGAAGGAGUUCAAGCAGUCCGAUGAAUCCUGGAAAGAAGCCCCGAGGAACUUCCUUGACCUGGGAGGCAUCGACAAGGACAUCAACGCCAUGGUGGGUAUCCUGAAGCAGGGCUUGGGUGUUGGAUGCAUCUACUCAUGGCUAUCGAGCUAUCAGAUGCAGCGCGCGACAACUACAGGCUUGCCAGGAGCUCACAUGGUUGCAACCGGCCAAUUCCGCACGCCAGCGAUGGACGCAAUGGUGCAGGAGGCCCAUAGGCAGCUGGCCAAGGAAGCAUCCGCCCAAGAUGCGGGGACGUCAAUUGUCUGCAAGCGCGCCGCCGAGCUUCUGGACGGGGUCAACAAACGAUUCGACCUCUGGUGCAAGCUGGACCAUGACUUGCCGCGCACUAACCAACCGCCAUCGCACCAGGAAGAAGGCCAUGAGUCCCGCGACAUCACCGCCGUCCUACGUGGGGACAUCAACCGAGCGAGGCAGCAUGACAUAUACCUGGCUGCCGAUGACGCGAUCAAGCAAUGGCGCAGCUUCCUCGCAUCCGUGGAGAAGACGCAUGGCCAUGGGCCGGACAAGUAG